CUAGUUAGGGUUUAUAAUGUUAGGUCCAGCCAGUCUCCCUUUUCUCUGCCGCAUUGGCUAGGGUUUUCCAGAGCUUCCGGAAUCUCUCGCUCACUCUCUUGUUUCAACGUUAUUACGAUUCUCUCUCUCUCUUCUCAGACACAUCAUUUGUAUCUAAGAUAGGCUUUUCAUGGAGCUGAUUAAGCACUAGGGUUUCGUGGUUGCUGUUUACGGUUCUUAAAAGUUGGUGUUUUCCAUUUGGAGCGCAAAGAAAUGGCAUCCACUAACCCUUUUCAUCUCUUGGGUGAUGACGACAACGAGGACCUGAGUCAGCUUCUCGCUGCCCAGCAGCAGAAGCUAGUGCAGCCAAAGAAACCCCAAGCCCAAGCUCCUGCUCAGCCGGCUAAGCCGGCCAAACUUCCAUCCAAGCCACUACCUCCUGCGGAAGCGGUGAGGGAGGGAAAGAAUGAAGUGGGGCGUGGAGGGGGCCGGGGUGGUGGACGUGGAUUUGGGCGUGGACGUGGUGGUGGCUUUAACCGAGAUUUUAACAAUGAGAAUAACUCUGUCGAGAAAAAUGGUUUGUCUGGAGGCUAUAGGUCAAAUGAAGAAGGAGGAGCAGGGAGGCCCAUUGAGAGGCAUGGCUCUGGUGGUUCACGUGGUUUCUUCCGUGGUGGUCGUCAUGGUGGUUUUAACAAUGGAGAGGAUGAUGAAGGUGAGCGGCCACGUAGGAUAUAUGAACGUCGCAGUGGGACUGGACGUGGGAGUGAGACCAAACGUGAAGGAGCUGGUCGGGCUAACUGGGGGACUCCUUCUGAUGAAAUAGCUCCGGAUGCUGAGGAGCCUAUCACUGAAAAUGAUAAGAUUGUUGGUGCUGAGAAGGCAAUGGGAGGGGAAAAUGCUGGUGAUGAUAACAAAGAGAAUCCUGACAAUGGAUCUGAGGAGAAGGAACCUGAAGAUAAGGAGAUGACUUUAGAAGAGUAUGAGAAGGUACUUGAAGAGAAGAGAAAGGCUCUGCUUGCACUAAAGACUCAGGAAAGGAAGGUUGACCUGGACAAGGACUUCGAGUCCAUGCAGCAGCUCUCAAGUAAGAAGGGCAAUGAUGACAUCUUUAUCAAACUGGGUUCUGAGAAGGACAAACAUAAAGAGGCUGAAAAAGAAGAAAAAGCAAAGAAGUCUGUCAGCAUAAAUGAGUUUCUAAAGCCUGCUGAAGGGGAGAGGUACAAUACACCUGGGGGUCGUGGUCGAGGCCGUGGCCGUGGUCCAAGAGGUGGAUUUAUUGGAAGUAACAGGAGCAAUGCAGGAGCACCGUCCAUUGAGGAUCAGCAGCAGUUCCCCUCCUUGGGUGCUAAAUGAGAUUCUCUCUCUCUCUCUGGUGUCUCGUCAUUUCAGGAGUUUUGAGUGGUAGUCUAUCGACAGGCAUAUUUUAAACUACCUUUAAUAUUAUGUUUUGAGUGUAUAUUCAGAUCUUAUUUUUGGACAGAGAAGUCAUGCACCAGUUUUGAUUUGAAAUAGGUGAGAACACAGUUGUUUUUGGGUA